CGGGCGGCGGCGCGGGCGGUGGCGCGGCGGCCGAGCUCCCCCGCGCGGCGAGCUCUGCUGCGGGGAGGCGCUCGGCCCGCGCCGCGCUGCCUGUGCGUGCGGGAACGGCCCCCGCAGCCCAAGCGGACUCUGGAGCAGGCGGCAGCGCGCGUCUGGCAGGCGGCGGCGUCCAGCGCCCGGGCCCGGGCUGCGCGGCCAGCCCCGAGGGCUGCGGCGCCAGGGACGCGCGCCGCCCGCGCUCCGCCGCCGCCCGCUGCCGCGAGGUCGUCCGGAUCCUCGCGUGGUAGCCGCUGCCCACUUUCCCCACUCCGGGUCUGGAUGGGAAGUUGGGGAAGAUGGACAGGGUCGUGUUGGGGUGGACCGCUGUCUUCUGGUUAACAGCCAUGGUUGAAGGCCUUCAAGUCUCAGUGCCCGACAAGAAGAAGGUGGCCAUGCUCUUCCAGCCCACCGUGCUUCGCUGCCACUUCUCCACAUCCUCCCAUCAGCCUGCAGUGGUGCAGUGGAAGUUCAAAUCCUACUGCCAGGAUCGCAUGGGAGAAUCCUUGGGCAUGCCCUCUCCCAGAACCCAAGCUCUCAGCAAGAGGAACCUGGAAUGGGACCCCUACUUGGAUUGUUUAGACAGCAGAAGGACCGUCCGAGUGGUAGCUUCAAAGCAGGGCUCGACCGUUACCCUGGGAGAUUUCUACAGGGGCAGAGAGAUCACGAUAGUUCACGAUGCGGAUCUGCAGAUCGGAAAGCUCAUGUGGGGAGACAGCGGACUCUAUUACUGCAUCAUCACCACCCCGGAUGACCUGGAAGGAAAAAAUGAGGACUCUGUGGAGCUGCUGGUGUUGGGCAGGACAGGGCUGCUUGCCGAUCUCUUGCCCAGUUUUGCUGUGGAGAUUAUGCCAGAGUGGGUGUUUGUCGGCCUGGUGAUCCUGGGGAUCUUCCUCUUCUUCGUGCUGGUGGGGAUCUGCUGGUGCCAGUGCUGCCCGCACAGCUGCUGCUGCUAUGUCCGCUGCCCAUGCUGCCCAGAUUCCUGCUGCUGCCCCCAGGCCUUGUAUGAAGCAGGGAAAGCUGCCAAGGCCGGGUACCCUCCCUCUGUCUCCGGUGUCCCAGGCCCCUACUCCAUCCCCUCUGUCCCUUUGGGAGGAGCCCCCUCUUCUGGCAUGCUGAUGGACAAGCCGCAUCCACCUCCCCUGGCACCAAGUGACUCCACUGGAGGAAGCCACAGUGUUCGAAAAGGUUACCGUAUCCAAGCUGACAAAGAGAGAGACUCCAUGAAGGUCCUGUACUAUGUCGAGAAGGAGCUGGCUCAGUUUGAUCCGGCCAGAAGGAUGAGAGGCAGAUAUAACAACGCCAUCUCAGAACUCAGCUCCCUGCACGACGAGGAGGACAACAACUUCCGCCAGCCCUACCACCAGAUGCGGAGCAAGCCGUUCCCUCUGUCUGGGGACUUGGAGAGCAACCCUGACUAUUGGCCUGGUAUCCUGGGAGGCAACAGUGGCACCAGUCGGGGGCCAGCCCUGGAGUAUAACAACGAGGACCGAGAGAGCUUCAGGCACAGCCAGCCGCGCUCCAAAUCCGAGAUGCUGUCGCGAAAGAACUUUGCCACGGGCGUGCCGGCGGUGUCGAUGGACGAACUAGCGGCCUUCGCAGACUCCUACGGCCAGCGGUCUCGACGCACCAAUGGUAACAGCCAUGAAGCUCGGACCGGGAGCCGCUUCGAGCGCUCCGAGUCGCGGGCCCAUGGCCCCUUCUACCAGGACGGCUCGCUGGAUGAGUACUAUGGGCGCAGGCGCAGUCGCGAGCCUCCGGGAGAUGGGGAGCGUGGCUGGCCUUACAGUCCCGCGCGUCGCCGGCCACCGGAGGAUGCUCCUCUGCCGCGCCUGGUGAGCCGGACCCCGGGCACCGCGCCCAAGUACGACCAUUCGUACCUGAGCAGCGUGCUGGAGCGCCAAGGGCGAUCCGAGAGCACCAGCCGCGGUGGCAGCCUGGAGACGCCGUCCAAGCUGGGUGCGCAGCUCGGCCCGCGCAGCGCCUCCUACUACGCCUGGUCGCCGCCUGCCACUUACAAGGCCGGGGCCAGCGAGGGCGAAGACGAGGACGAUGCUGCGGACGAUGACGCGCUGCCUCCCUACAGCGAGCUGGAGCUGACCCGGGCCCCGUCCUACCGUGGCCGCGACCUGCCCUUCCACAGCAAUUCGGAAAAGAGGAGGAAAAAGGAGCCCGCCAAGAAAACGAGUGACUUUCCAACCAGAAUGUCCCUUGUGGUCUGAUGGCUCAAGAUGCAUCUCCGGAUGCCUAGAAAUCAGAUGCAGACUGCUGGGGCGAGGCACAGAUCUGAGAGCCAGCAAGCCGAGGACCUUCUCUGACCAACCACCACUCUGGAAGAUGUGCUGAUCUCUGCUUUAGGAAGGGAUAGUAGGCAUCCUUUAAGGGGGCUGAUUUCAAAUCCUAGUGCCCAUCUAGCUUGAGAAACUCACCAAGAAAACAAUGAUGUGUGAGAACAUACCACAUAAUAAUCCACAGGGUUUAUCUUGCCCCGCUCUACCCCCCUCCCGCUUCCUUAGCAGCAUCAAGACUCUAUGUCCAGUUCUGAAACAGGUAGCUUUGGACCCAUGACCUCUAAACACUACUAUGCUUAUGGAAUGUUUUUCUACAAGUGCUGUUCUGUGCUUAGAGGCAGAAAGUUUUAUUGCUACCGUUAGAAGACAUUCUGCUCACAAGAGAGAUAACCUCAAGGUAAAAUGUACCUUUUAUCCCCUUCACUUUCAGUCACUGGUCAAUGAGUCUUGUUAUGCUAAAAUCAGAAGGCCUUUGGUGAGCUUAGUGGCCGUGACCUCCUGGGCAAUCACAGAAAUGACUCCAAUUUGCUGCUCUGACUCACAAUUCUUAAGUGGCCAGGACAAACAGGAUAGCAUUUUGCAACGCUGUCUAAGUGGUCUUUCUUUUUCCAUUCAGGCGACGUAAGCUGAUUUUCAUCCUUCUGUUGUACACAGCGGCACCCAAGCCUUGAACUCCUAAGGUCUCUCUCCCUCUCCUCUUCUCCCCUCUCCAGCAUUUUUCAGGGGCUGGUGUGUCUGAGGGUGUUCCACUCCGCUCUGCAGUGUGAAUAGCUUGUCAUCGGGUGCCUUUGACAGAUGUUUAAAAUACACACGUGAAAGAGAAGGAGAAAAAGAGAAAGCGAUGAUACACGCUGAAAAAUGGGAAAGGAUUUAAGAGGAAAAUAACGUAUAGUCUCAUUAUAUCUUGAAUGUGGGCUGCUUUCCCCACAAACACACUCUGGUUUUUUUGUUUUUGUUUUUGUUUUUGUUUUUGUUUUAUUGGAUUUGCACUUCAUUUACAGAUGAUUUCUGCCAUCCUGAUCCUGCCACUGCAGGGCACCAGGGAUGUGGUGUCUACAUCUUUUGCCCUCACUGGCCUGCCACUGUAGAUGCUUUGGCAAGAGAGACACCACUUUCUCAGCAAGAAGCAUUUCCUCUUCCUACCCUUGCAAAAAGUGAUUGGUUUUGCCUAACUCCAAAACUGAGAAGGCUCUGGACUUUGUAACAUGUGUAAACUGCCAAAGUAGCCGUAAACGCUUCCCUUUUCGAGUUCCUGUGCAUGGAGUUUGUCCUCUCUCGCUGCUCAUGGACCCGAGCAAAUGUACCUGAACCAUCUGUCCUACGUGGUGAGAGGAGUGUGGCCGCUGUUAUUGUUGCGUGUGACAGUAGUUUUAUCAACUCAGCAGACACAGAAGAGCAUCUAGUCACGACCAACAAAAGAACUGCCUAGCUGAGCCAAGCCCAAACUGGGGGUUCCCAGUUGAAAAAAGAAGUUUGGUACUCCUGUGUGUUCCUUUAUUGUCAAGGCUAAACCUCUCUCCUGUCAGAAUGCUUGGCCCUGAAUCAGAUACUCACCCAACCUUAGGUAUCCUACAGCCCUCACUUUGUUUGACAGACUUUGCAGUUUGCAUGUUUGUGGUGAGUCACGUGAUUGGGUGACAGGACUGGAGGAAGAUGAUACUUGCUAUCCCACAACCCAGUGGUCGUCUGUUCUCUACUUCCUGAUCUGUGUAUAGCCUCUGAAGAAGGUUGGUCAGAAUUUCCUCAAGACUUUUCCAGGACCGCCUGACGGGAAUUCCAGAGUCUGUUCUUCUAGUAUCCAUUGUUUCUCAUACAUUUCCAAAAAGAAGCAAAAAAGGUCCCAUGUAUGUGAUGGGUGAGGGUUGGAGGGAUAAGCUAAUAUCACUGCCUGGAGGAGUAUUGGCAUGCCAAAGGAAGUCAUGGUUACUUUGGCCUGAGCUAGGUGGAACAGGAAGAUACUUCAGCCCAGUGCUGGCACUUCCAAGGGCUGGAAGACAAAAGCCAUAACCCUGGUGCUGAGUUUUAGGCUUGAUAAUGCCCCUGGCCUCAGAAAGCCUAGAUCUGGUCUGUCUGUUUGGGCUCUAAAUCAAUAUGACAAAAACAUCAUUUCCUAAUCACCAGCUUUUGAGUUCAACCUGCUCAGGCACUUUUGAAGAAUAUUGGCUAGCUGCAGUAGCUAUUGCUAUACUGAGCACUGUGUCAGGUUGCUGAGCACCAAAGAGCCCCAUAGCACAGGCUUCAGAGACCAAAUAUAUUGCUUUGGAAAGCCAGGGGCAUGUAUGAGCUAGGUGAGAGCUGAGAGGAGCAAUAGUAAAAACUGUUAAAAUUGGAAAUAUAAUGUUCCAAGGCAACAAGACUAUAGGCCGGCAAUUUAAAAAAAAAAUCAAUGUAAAGAUGAUAACAGGAUUUUUGAAAUAACUGGGGGAAGGGAGGCAACAGAUUGCUCUUUGUAGGGCUGCGUAAAUCAUUUGGGCUUCCAGACCUUCAGUAGUGGGGGAAAGCAGUUGCUUCCGGGUAUGUGGAUAGGAGAUAAUGCUGAGCGGACAAGGCAAAGCUGGCUGUCCUCCGUGCCCUUGACUUUUCUUUAUACGGCCCUUUGUUUCUUCUCCACAUAGUGUGUCCUGCAUAGGAAGUGCCUCUGCGUAUUAGUUCCUUUCCUGUUUGUCUAGGGCAUAAGGUAAGUCUGGUAUAAGAUGUGAUCUCCAUCCACUUGAGUCCCUACAAUUUAAUAAGGAUGCUCAGACAUGCCCAAGAAAGGAUAAGGAUAUUUUAUGCAUAUGAUCGGAAAUAGUGCUAUGGAUAAAUUAUAAUAAACCCAGAGAUUUAAAUUUUUUAAACUUAAAUGGAAAUAUUUUGAUAUUUAAGUGUUGUGUUUGUCCAUCCAUCCCAUUUUUUGGGGGGACAUGCUCAGUGAUCUGCAAAGCCAGGCUGUAAAACUGAGCUGUAAAGAGAUAAAGGAAAAAGGGAGAGGGCUGAGUGGCAGGGCACCUGGAGGGGUGGUGCUGGAGCUCCUGUCUUUGUCUCUGAGUCACAGCUGAGUCAGGGACAGGCUGGAGGAGGAAGUGUGGAAGCAGGUGGCGGGAGGUGUCCCGUGGUGCUCAGAGUUCUUCUCUAGGCUGUGUAGAGACUCAUUAGGAGACUGAGGAUGGUAAUCAGUUCUUCCACCCAAGCAAGCCCAGGGGGAGCUCAGCAUCUGGUCCUCUGAGUAUUUGUAUCUCUAGCUUGGGGUGCAGGAUUUGUGCAAAAGCAAGAAGUCUCACACAGUCUGGGUGUCUCUCCUCGCUUCUUAUGAUCCCCACUCUGCACUUGGUGUCGGGCUGGACAUACCAGGGUGAGCGGGGGCUGGCACUAUCUAUAGCAAUCUGGCUAGAGCUUAAGCAGUCUUCAAGAGGAACGAAGUGACCGAUGCUGUUAUAGUUCAUCCACUCCCCAGCCCUCUUUAAAUAGACAGAUAAACUCAUUCUCCCAAACGACGUCACAAACCCAUCUGAUUUUUAGAUUCCAGUCUUCAGACCUUUGCUAUCGGGUCUGUGUUUCCCAAAUCUGCCUGGCUAUAAGAAUUACUUGAAUUAGCAGAGGACCUGAGUUUGGUUCCCAGCACCCUCAUGGUAGCUCAUAAUUUUCUGUAGCCCCAACUCCAGGGGCCUCAGUGAUCUCUUAGAAUAUCCGGGAGCACUAUAGUCACAUGGUGCACUUACAUGUAGGCAAAAUACUUACAACAUACAAAUAAAUGUAUUCUUAAAAAGGAGGCUGAAGGGGUGGCUCUGUAGUUAAGAGUACUGGCUACUCUUCUAGAGGGUCCACAUUCACUUCCCAGCUCAUGGUGCCUCCCAGCUCCAGUUCUAGGAUCCAAUACCCUCUUCUGGCCUCUGCAGGAACUGCACACAACUGUGCACAGACACAUGCAGGCAAAAUACACACAUAAAAAAGAUGUAAAGCAUUUAAAGACUACUUGGUAAUUAUUUGUCUGCAGGGCUGGGAAUGUAACUCAGUUGGGAGUACUUGCUUAGGAUGCGCAAAGCCGUGGAUUCAAUACCCAACACUGUACAAACUAAGAGUAGUGCCACAUGCCUGUAAUCCCAGCAUUUCGGAGGUGGAUGCAGGAGGUUAGAAAUUCAAGGUCAUCAUUGGCUAGUUAGUGAGUUCAAGGCCAGCCUGGGCUACACGAUACUCUGUCUUAAAGGGUCAAACAAUAGCAAGUCAAAACACAAGAAUUACUUGACAACCACUGUCAAAAAAAAAGAAAAAGAAAAAAAAAACCUGGGCUGUGUCUUGGAGAAUGGAUGGGUGGGUCUGGAGUAAAGGCUUGUACUCUGAACACGUGCUUUCAGAAAGCUAUGUAUCAGAUACCUUUGGGUAAUGCUACCCUGAAUCGUACCUCUGGUGCACCCCACCUCUGGUGCACUCCUGACUGCUGACCAUCCACAUUGUUUGAGUUGGGGAUUAUUUUAUUCAAAUAUUGGUGUGAGGUCCCUCUGACUCCCUUUGGGUUGGCACUGAUGAGGCACCGAGCAGUCUGGCUGUGACACUGGAGACUGGCGUACCACAGUCCAGCUGAAAGGAAGCGUUUCAGGGGGGAGAGAUGGAAGCCCUCCCCAGGAGCCUGCUUGAUAUGUUCCAACUCCCAGAAUAGUGAUCUGUUGUGACAGCCUCAGAUCAGACAACAAGAAUUACAGGUAAUUUUCUUAUUCCCUUGAUGCCAUCCUGAAUAAAACUUAGAUUGUGAAUAGAAAGAAAGAAAGCCAUCAGGGAAAAUGGCAAAUGUAAAUCAUUUUUAAAGGGUACAAAAUAACAGGCUUGCUAAUAACAUAACUUUCAUGUUAGGACCAAAAGCGGGUGGAGGAAAAGAAUGAAAUAUACAACGUUAGCACUUCCAAAAAUCAGGUUUAAUUGCUGCCAGAAUCUUGUGGGAGUUUAGAAGUGACGUGUAAAGUUUAGAAAUCGUCUAUGAGAAAUCUAAGGUCCUAGAAGCAAGAUAGUGCCUAGUUUCCCCUGCCAGGACCCUGCCUCCUAGUCAUGUGGAAUGAUCACUGAAGCUCAAAGGCCCUUGUGACAUCAGAGUUGAGAGGGAGAAGUUGAGUUGCUUCAAGCAGCAGCCUCAGGUUAGCAUCGUUGGGGUGAUAAGGUCAGUUUCUAAUGCUACAUACAUUACCUCUGUGAUACAUUGCUGUUUACAGACCAAUUCUGCAAGCAUUCUCUCUUCUGUUCUUCACAGCAAGCCCUGUGAUAAAGGCGGGGUAGGUGUUCUCCCAUCCUGCAGAAUGUGGAGCUCCCAAGGGACUCGCCUACUGCAGGAAGGCUUUCAGAGUCUCUAGAAGGCCUUCUGACUCUCGGGUUUCUUGCCGACCCCCGCAGUACUCACAGGCCCAGACUUCAGCUUGUUCUUUGCACAAAUGUGUAGUAGAGGAGAGUCCUGGACUCUGUGGUGAGGAGGAACCACGAAGACAGGCGUUUGUCACUUCAUCUAACCACAUGUCAUUCCUAGAAGUCUGCCCCGAGAGGGAGGUGUUUCUGCUGGAGAAGAGUUUCAUUCUAGACACCGUGCUGUGAUGGGGGAAGGCUUGGAUAAAUGUGCUGCAACUUCCUGGAUUCUUCUCCAAGAGGAAUUUCUAAGCCUAGCUACAGGUUCAUCCGAGGUGCAGAAUUCCAGGGCUGUGGGCAGGAGCCAUCAUCUUCACUAUAUUUUGAGAUUUUUAAAGGUAGAGCUGAGGAUCUGGGUCUAGAGGGAGACAAAGAAGGCGAGGAGAAAGUUGUAGCAGUUGAGGUAGAAGUCUCGUUAGAGGUUUUGGUGGGGCUGACUGAUGGGGUUAAAUGUGGUCUGACUUCUUUUAUCUAGAAGACUGAGAAAGAUGCCCAUAGCUUUUCUCCUGCCACAUUUAUUAACAAAGGCGUUAGACACGACUCUAUGAGGAAUCGCCUUGUGAAAUCAAAGAACGUGACAUUCGAACAGUGGGAUGGAGGGAAGACGCCUACUUCACGAGAGUCACCUGCCCAGUUGUUGUUGUGCCUUGUCUGUGACAUCAGAACAGAAAUGUUUGUGUCACUGUUGACCAUGAUGUUUUCCCUAUGUCAGACAUACAAGUGCAUUCGAUUGUAAUGUUUUAAAGUAAAUAAAGCAUUUUCAUCUA